GGUCUUUCCUGCUUAUCUAAUGCACCGUAUACCAAAGUGACCGCACCCAGCAAAUGGCCUGUAUCAUGAAACCCUGGUCCGUAUGGAUAUCGCAACAAUUUACAGUUUACAGUUUAGAGCCGUUCUGUCUUACUUUAAUGACGGCUUAGACUUAAUAACAUCCCGCUUUCUUUGUGGCAGUAAAGACAGUGCUAUGUAGCAAUGGACGGACUUGGCAAGAGUAAUCCGCCACAACAUCUGGAAUUGGCCACCGACGCAAUUGGUUGACUGCUAUCUAUAUGUACCUUCAAUGGCCCUCACACGUAGGGACGAUCGGAGGUUAGAGUUUGCUUGGCAGUCACAGAAUCGGAAUCGUUGGCAUCACCGCCUCCAAACCCUGUAACCUACUCCAUCAUUUCAAUCCUACAUAUACAAGUUCCCUGCUCCUCACCUAAUUUCUGUUUCUUUCACCUUUCUUAGAAUCGGCGCUUAUCGACUCCUAGCUAAACGUACUUAUAUCCAUCUAUACUGGCAAUAGUAACGCCUUUAACAUCAAUUUGCUACUCUACUGCUUAUUGAUAUACACAACAAACACGCGAAUCUCUUGAUGAAGCUUUCGAAUUUUUUUCUCGGCUUGGCGGCCGUUGGCCAAGGCAUCAAUGCCGUCGCAAUACCCGACGCGCAAGAUGGCGCGCUAGACACACGAUCGCCAGAGUCUCAAAACCAGGACCGAUCAACGACCAACGAAGAAUUAUGGAAGCGCAAGGGUGGCGGAGGAAGUGGUGGUAGAGGUGGUAGUAGCGGUUCUUCUGGCGGUUCAUCCGGUUCUUCCGGCUCGUCUGGCUCAUCUGGCAGUCGUGGAGGCAGCGGCGGCCGUGGAUCGUCGUCAUCCAAUACCGGGGGUUCAACGACAACGGGUAGCGGCGUUCGCCCCGGCUAUGGUGGUGGCACAUACUACGGUGGGGGCGCAAAAGAGCCGUACAAGUCCGGAAAAGCGAGCCCCUCAGGCAUCGUACCCUUCGCACUAGGUGGCGCCGCACUCGGCACCCUGGGUUUCGUCGGCGCAACUUGGGCCUACGGCGCAUAUGUGUAUCCAUACACUCAUCCCUACUGGUACCGCAACUCGACAACCAACAGGAACGAGACCAAGCCCGUGACGUGUCUGUGCGAUUACUACGAGACGUGCGGUUGCGACGAUAACGGAAACCAGACGUACUUCAACUCAGUCGUCGGGGACGGGAGCUACUCAGGUCUGAACAAAUCGCUAGUCACGGUGGCGGAUAACGCUACUACGAACGAAUCCACCAUCUACAUCAAGGGCUCCCUACCCAACGGCACGACGUCAUCAGGUGGCACCGAAGAUCCGAAUGCCGCCGGUGGUGAUUUAGUAGCAUUGGCUCGAUCGGCGGGCUGGUGGCCGGUUGUUACCACGGCGAUAGCUAUUGCGUUCUUAUGAUGCUAGACAUCGGUUAGGACAUAGCUAGCUAUAUCGCUCUUUUUAUUAAUUAAUUUGUACAUACGAUUGCCUUUGGAACGACGAUAACUCAAAGACUUCCGCGGCAACGCACGAGUUUACGACGGAUAUACCAAUGGUGUUCUGGUUUUUUUGAAGGGUAGAAGCGAAUUGGAGAGAGGCAGACAUGAUGCCUGCACGGCUAUUUGCUUUAGCGUUGAAUACCCUUUGAAACUGGCAGGAUGGAAGAAGCAUCUGCCGAGCACUGUUGGAAUUUGAAUAUAAUUAUUUUACCCA